GAUGUCGCAUUUUUAGUUUUUAAAAUGUCAAAAUAAUCGAUACUCCGUUUGUUUAUUGUUUAAAGAUUCAAUAAGAUAUCUGCGAGAAUGAAUCCAGGGGACCAAGAGUUUAUAUCCUUUGAUGAUUAUUCAACUACAGAGAGUCCUGCACAAGUCCAUGUAGAUCUUGGAAAUCCAAACCAGCAACUUUUUAGCCAUCUUCAGGGAGACCCAAUGUCCCAAGAUCAAGGCUUUUCACAACAAAAUGAUGAUAAACAAAGAAGUUUUUGGAGCAUUGAAUACUAUCAGAAGUUUUUCAAUGUUAAUACAAAUGACGUAGUAGAGAGGUUAAAGCGAUCAGUGAUACCUCACGGUACUGACAAUUAUUUGGUAUCACAUAUCAGACCAAAUCCAGAUCUUUAUGGACCAUUCUGGGUUUGCAUUACUUUGAUAUUUACAAUAGCCAUAAAUGGAAAUCUGGUCAAUUACUUUCAAUCCGCUAGAACUGGCAAUUAUCACUGGAAAUAUGAAUUUCACAUUGUGUCAUCUGCUGCCACGUGUAUAUUCCUUUAUGCUUGGUUGUUUCCUUUGUUAUUGUGGCUGGCACUCAAAUGGUUCAAACCCCAAGAAGAGAAUAUCGAUAAUGAAUUAAUUGAGUCAAACACAUCGAUUGGACUUUUAGAAAUCUUGUGUUUAUAUGGUUAUUCACUGACCAUUUACAUUCCAGUAGCAUUUUUAUGGACGAUACAGAUAGGUUUAUUACAAUGGUCUUUGGUAUUAGUUGCUACAAUUUUGUCUGGGGGUGUUUUGUUAAGAUCUAUCCUACCAAUGAUCCCAGGAAAACAGAAACCUAUAUACAUGGCUGUCAUACUUGGAAUGCAUUUAUUACUUGCUGCUGGAUUUAUGCUGGUCUUUUUUCACGUCCCUGAUUCACAUCCAAAUAUAAUGACCACUACUGUAUCAACAUCUACCACAACUACAGCAGCUUCUGUAAACAUACAUGCUAGUCCCAAAUCAGCAUAAAUAAAUUUUCAGCAUAUAAAUGGCACACCUUAAAAAAGUUGACUAUUUUGUAAAUAUGAAAUCAUUCCUAAAUUGUUUUUACAACGCAAUUGUGUAAUUGAUUAUUUAUUUUGCACACAUGGAAAAAUACGUGAUGAUUAAAUGUAAGUUUAUAUGUAAGUUCGCAAAUUAUAAGUCUACUUUUCAAUAUUGGAAUUAAUUUCAUAUUAAUACUUUGAUAAUCUAUUGUAUCAUAUAUUGUAUACAUUUUUAUUUGUAUCUUUAUUAUAAUAACGAAAUUCACGA